GUUAGGAUCACACACUGUACAACUGCUUAGAAUAGAGCCACGAUCUCAACCACGAAAUGUGAACUUACAUUUUGGAGAAGCUAACUCACGGGAUGGACUUCUUUCCUAGCCAAACUUUGGGACCGGGUUAUGCCUUGGUGGUGCAGCUCUUCCUUGUCUAGGUGGUGAAAUGACAAAACUCAUUGUUUGUGAAUUUGAAAUAAUUUUUCAUCAAGUCCCAUCUCCUUUCACCUCAUAUGGAAUGUAUCUCUCUGUCUGUUGUUAAACUACAAUGACAUGUCUGUAGCUAUCAGAAAGAGAAGCUGGGAAGAGCAUGUGACCCAAGAGUCAGGACAGCCUUUGAAUUCUGAUGAUUAUAACACAGCAUGUCAUCAUGGACUUGUAGCCGACAGCUUGCAGGAAAGUAUGGAAAAAGAUGCAACUCUAAAUGUGGACUGCAAAGAGAAGUGUGCUUCACUACCGGAUUGCUGUCAUGGACCAGAGUUGAGAGAUUUUUCUGGGAGGCCAAUAAGUCAUGUUUCGAAGGAGGUGGAUGAAAAUGACAAUCCUGAAGUUGAAGAUGAGUUUCUUUCUCUGGAGGCCAGCACAGAAACACUGGUACAUAUUUCGGAUGAGGAUACAGAUUCUGAUCUGUACCUUACAGGUGAUAAAGACAUAUUAACAACUAAAGAGCAUAAAAUAAUAAGCCAAGAUAGUGUCGAUGGAGCAGGCUCCUUAAGAAAGACACUGCCUAUUAUGGAGAGUAAACAAGGCUCUUAUAACUCUUGGGGAACAGCUAGGGAAUCUGACUUAGCACUGGUGGAUGAAAGUGGAGAAAAAAGAAAUGUUGAUACUGUAAGUAAAAGCCUGGAGCUUUGUAAUAAUAUAAGCAUAAAUAAAAUAAAAGAUGCACCCAAAGGUUCUUCACCUGUGAAAGCAAACAUACCAGAGAAACAAAUGCUUAAUUCUGCUGUGAUUGCACAGCAACGAAGGAAACCUGAUUUCCCUAAGGACGAACAUGAAAGAAACAGCUGCCAAAAAGUACAAAAUGAGUCCUUAGCCAGCCCUUGUGCAGAGGGUGGCCUGUCGUUAUUAAAAGCAGAUUGUGGAACCUACCUUCGGCAGCCUCCUUCCCGCCCCCGUGAACUGUCCACUGAAAAUGGCCUGGACAAGAGUGGUUUCUCUGAACAUCAAAACAAAAGUCCCCCAGAGGUCAGCAAGGAAGAUAGCAUGCUAUGUUUACACUUGAGGAACUCUCUGACCACCCAGGAGCCCACAGAGAGCCAAGUCAGACUACGCAAGAAAAAGGAAAGAAGAGAAGAUCGAGAUAAGGCCCGGCUGGACUCCAUGGUGCUGCUAAUUAUGAAACUAGACCAACUUGACCAGGACAUUGAAAAUGCCCUCAGCACCAGCUCUUCUCCAUCUAGCACACCAACGAACCUGCGGCGCCAUGUUCCUGAUCUGGAAUCAGGAUCUGAAAGUGGAGCAGAUACCAUUUCAGUACACCAGACCCAAGUAAACUUGCCUCCUAACACUGAGUUGAUGGAUACAACAUCUUCUACUCCAGUGUCCAGUUCUGGAACCAAACCCAAGGCAAUGGCUGUUCCAAGUUUUUCAAAUAAGGAAAAGGCUGAAAUCGAGGCCAAGGAAGCUUGUGACUGGCUUCGAGCAACUGGUUUUCCCCAGUAUGCACAGCUUUAUGAAGAUCUCCUGUUUCCCAUUGAUAUUACCUUGGUCAAAAGAGAGCAUGAUUUUCUGGACAGAGAUGCCAUUGAGGCUCUAUGCAGGCGUCUAAAUACCUUAAACAAAUGUGCGGUGAUGAAGCUAGAAAUUAGCCCUCAUCGGAAGAGAAGUGAGGAUUCAGAUGAGGAUGAACCCUGUGCAAUAAGUGGCAAGUGGAUGUUCCAGAGGGAUAGCAAGAGGUGGUCCAGGCUUGAAGAGUUCGAUGUCUUUUCUCCAAAGCAAGACCCAAUCCCGGGGUCCCCAGAUGACUCCCACCUGAAGAACGCUGCAAGCCACGAGAGCAUGCUGACAGACCUCAGCGAGCACCAGGAGGUGUCUUCUCUCCGCAGCCUCAGCAGCACCAGCAGUGUCCCCACCCACGUGCCCCACGGCGGGGAUGCUGUGACACCCCGGACUAACUCCGUCAUCAGCGUCUGUUCCUCUGGCCACUUUAUGGGUAAUGAUGACUCUUUCUGCAGCCUCCCCUCUCCCAAGGAACUCUCCAGCUUCAGCUUUAGCAUGAAAGGCCAUGAGAAAAACACUAAGUCCAGGACCAGAAGCCUGCUGAAACGGAUGGAGAGCUUGAAGCUCAAGGGCUCCUCCCACCACAGCAAGCAUAAGGCGCCCUCCAAACUGGGGCUGAUCAUCAGCGGACCCAUUCUGCAAGAGGGUAUGGAUGAGGAGAAGCUGAAGCAGCUGAACUGUGUGGAGAUCUCAGCCCUCAACGGCAACCACAUCAACGUCCCCAUGGUACGAAAGAGGAGCGUGUCCAACUCCACACACACCAGUAGUAGCAGCAGCCAGUCGGAGACGAGCAGUGCUGUCAGCACGCCCAGCCCUGUCACCAGAACCAGGAGCCUCAGCACCUGUAACAAGCGGGUGGGCAUGUACCUCGAAGGCUUUGAUCCCUUCAGUCAGUCCACAUUCAACAACGUGGUGGAGCAGAACUUUAAGAACCGAGAGAGCUACCCAGAAGACACGGUGUUCUACAUUCCUGAAGAUCACAAACCUGGCACAUUCCCCAAAGCCCUCUCCAACGGCAGUUUCUGUUCCUCAGCAAAUGACAGCUCUGUGAACUGGAGGACAGGAAGCUUCCAUGGCCCUGGCCAUAUCAGCCUAAGAAGGGAAAACAGCAACGACAGCCCUAAGGAACUGAAGAGACGCAAUUCCUCCAGCUCCGUGAGCAGCCGCCUGAGCAUCUACGACAACGUGCCAGGCUCCAUCCUGUAUUCCAGCUCAGGGGAUCUGGCUGACCUGGAGAAUGAGGACAUCUUCCCCGAGCUAGAUGACAUCCUGUAUCAUGUAAAGGGGAUGCAACGGAUAGUCAACCAGUGGUCAGAAAAGUUUUCUGAUGAGGGAGACUCAGACUCAGCCCUGGAUUCUGUCUCUCCAUGUCCAUCAUCCCCAAAGCAGAUCCACCUGGAUGUGGACAACGACCGAACAACACCUAGUGACCUGGACAGCACGGGCAACUCCCUGAAUGAACCUGAAGAGCCAACUGACAUCCCGGAAAGAAGAGACUCCGGGGUCGGGGCUUCCCUGACCAGGUGUAACAGGCACAGACUGAGAUGGCACAGUUUCCAGAGCUCUCAUCGGCCAAGUCUAAACUCUGUAUCUCUGCAGAUUAACUGCCAAUCUGUAGCCCAAAUGAACCUACUGCAGAAAUACUCACUUCUGAAGCUAACUGCCCUGCUGGAGAAGUACACGCCUUCCAACAAGCAUGGUUUCAGCUGGGCCGUGCCCAAGUUUAUGAAGAGGAUCAAAGUUCCGGACUACAAGGAUCGGAGCGUGUUCGGGGUCCCUCUGACAGUGAGCGUGCAGCGCACGGGACAGCCCUUGCCACAAAGCAUUCAGCAGGCCAUGCGGUACCUGCGCAAUCAUUGUCUGGACCAGGUUGGACUCUUCAGGAAGUCGGGUGUCAAAUCUCGGAUUCAGGCUCUGCGCCAGAUGAACGAAAGUGCCGUGGACUGUGUCAAUUAUGAAGGACAGUCAGCUUACGAUGUGGCCGACAUGCUGAAGCAGUAUUUUCGAGAUCUUCCCGAGCCUCUCAUGACCAACAAGCUCUCCGAAACCUUUUUACAGAUCUACCAAUAUGUGCCCAAGGAUCAGCGCCUCCAAGCCAUCAAGGCCGCCAUUAUGCUCCUGCCUGACGAGAACAGGGAAGUUCUCCAGACUCUUCUUUACUUCUUGAGCGAUGUCACAGCAGCGGUAAAAGAAAACCAGAUGACACCCACCAACCUGGCUGUGUGCUUAGCGCCUUCCCUUUUCCAUCUCAACACCCUGAAGAGGGAGAAUUCUUCUCCAAGGGUAAUGCAAAGAAAACAGAGUUUGGGCAAACCAGAUCAGAAAGAUUUGAAUGAAAACUUAGCUGCCACUCAAGGGCUGGCCCACAUGAUUGCUGAGUGCAAGAAGCUCUUCCAGGUUCCUGAGGAAAUGAGCCGAUGUCGCAAUUCCUACACCGAACAAGAGCUGAAGCCCCUGACACUGGAGGCUUUAGGACACCUGAGUAAUGAGUCAGCUGACUACAAGCACUUCAUUCAGGACUGUGUAGAUGGUCUGUUUAAGGAGGUCAAAGAGAAGUUUAAAGGCUGGGUCAGCUACUCUACUUCGGAACAGGCUGAGCUGUCCUAUAAGAAGGUGAGUGAGGGACCCCCUUUGAGGCUUUGGAGAUCCACCAUUGAAGUCCCUGCUACACCAGAUGAAAUCUUAAAGCGACUACUGAAAGAGCAGCACCUCUGGGAUGUCGACCUGUUGGACUCAAAAGUGAUUGAAAUCCUAGACAGCCAGACUGAAAUUUAUCAGUAUGUCCAAAACAGCAUGGCACCCCACCCUGCUCGGGACUAUGUUGUAUUGAGAACCUGGAGGACUAAUUUACCCAAGGGAGCCUGUGCCCUCCUGCUCACCUCUGUGGAUCACGACCGGGCACCUGUGGUAGGUGUGAGGGUCAAUGUGCUUCUAUCCCGAUAUUUGAUUGAACCCUGCGGGCCAGGAAAAUCCAAACUCACCUACAUGUGCAGAGCUGAUUUAAGGGGCCACAUGCCAGAGUGGUACACAAAAUCUUUUGGACAUUUGUGUGCAGCUGAAGUGGUAAAGAUUCGAGACUCCUUCAGUAAUCCAAACACUGAUACCAAGGACACCAAAUCCAGGUGAUUACCAAAGCAAAACAACUGUGCCCACCACCUGGGUGAUUGUGUCUAGAACCUUGCCAGUCCUUGGAAGAGGUCAUCUGUUGUGUGAUCCUGAAACAAAUGCAACUUGGGGGUGUUAAGACGUGAACUCUAGUGAUUUGAUACAUUUUUUUAAAGCUGCUUCCUGUUUGUUUAAGGUCUGUAUUAUAGACCUUGACUGGAAUAUAUGACUGUGCAAAAAAAAA